CAGAUAUUUUUGGGCUGUGUUCGAUUUCUUUGGGGUAUAUAAGGAGCGUGCCGGCUGCCGAAAAAGCAACAGUCUUUAGGCAUUGGACUCCAACUGAGUGUGUCUAAUCCGGAGCAGUUGAAUCAGUAGCUGAGGUAGAGCAGGUGUAACCAGAGGACUCGUCAACAUGAAAAUCGCAAUUGCUUUGCUGGCCUGUUUGGGCGUGGUCGCUGCGGCCAGUUUCCAUCAGACGCAUGAAGUCAAGAUCGCCGACAAGGCCUUCCUAGAGAAACAGAAGUUUUUCUUCGAGAUUGUCUACCGUUUGGAGGAUCCACUGAUGUUCGAGGAGUACAUCAAGGAUGGCAAAAAUUUCUACUUUGACGAAGCCUACUAUACUCACUAUGACAUUUACAUGAAGAAGUUCGCAGAGGCGUUCAAGGCGCACUCAUUGCUGCCCAAGGGCGAGUUCUUCGGCCAGCUGGUCAAGACUCAUGCCAAGCAGGCACGCGGUCUGUUCAACUUCUUCUACUAUGCCAAGGAUUGGGAGACCUUCUACCACAACGUGUGCUGGGCUCGCAUGCAUGUUAACGAGGGCAUGUUCGUCUAUGCUUUGACUCUGGCUGUCAUCCAUCGUCCGGACUUCCAUGGCCUGAUGCUGCCCACCAUCUAUGAGAUCUUCCCACAGUUCUUCUUCAACAGCAAAUUUGUGUACGAGGCCGAGAAGUUCGACUAUGAGAUGUGGAGCAAGAUGAUCAUGUACGAGAAGGAGUACAUGGAUGUCUACUUCAAGGGACACGAAUAUAGCAACAUGUAUCAGAACAGCGACUACAUGUACAUGAAGGACUGGAAAAUGUGGCAGUGGUGGAAACUGAUGGGUCUCGGCGAGCACUGGUACAGCGAGCAGAAGUUCAUUCUCCGUGAGAACAUCUAUGAGUUCAACCAGGACACCAAAUGGCAGCAAAUGAUGAAAGAUUUGAAGGUCUGGUGGAUGCCCGUCGAUUACACUCGCGAUCUUAAUGUCUACAACGAGGAAUCCAAACUUUCCUACUUCACCGAGGAUUUGGGCUGGAACUCAUACUGGUACUACUUGAACAUGGACUACUCCUUCUUCCUCGAUGGCAACACCUUCGGCCUGAAGAAUGAUCGUCGUGGAGAACUGUGGCUCUACACCGUCCACCAACUGCUGUCCCGCUACUACAUGGAGCGUCUGUCUCAUGGCCUUGGUGAGAUUCCCGAGUUCUCGUGGUACCACGAAAUCGAGAUGGGCUACGAUCCCCAGCUGAUCUACUACAACGGCAUUGGCUACAGCUACCGCAAGAACUACUACGAAUUGGAGACCUAUGGCAACUUCGAUAUGCUCGGCAAGAUCACCGGCUUCAUGAAGCGCAUUUACGACAUUAUCGACAUGGGCUACUACAAGACCACCAAUGGUGAAAUCAUCGAUUUGCGCAAGCCCGAAUCCAUUGAAUAUAUUGGCAAUAUGCUCCAGGGCAACAUUGAUAGUUUCGACAAGAUGUUCUACCAGUUCUGGUACAUGUUCGCCCAUAUGUACUUCGCCGAUGCCGACAUCUACGAAAUGGAGGUCUACCCCAACGUGAUGCUCAACUUCGAGACAAUGAUGCGCGAUCCCAUGUACUACAUGUUCUACAAGCACAUCGUUCAGGUGUACUUCAAGUUCAUGCACUACCUGCCCAAAUACAGCAAGGAAAAUCUGAUAAUGCACGGCGUCACACUCAAGCAUGUGGAUGUCAGCGAACUGACCACCUACUUCGAUCUGGUUGACUUUGAUGUGACCAAUCUGAUGAACGAGAAGAUGGUCUUCCACGAUGGCAAGUUCGUCUGGGACAAGUCUCUAUACGCUCGCCAGAUGCGUCUCAAUCACAAGCCCUUCACCUAUACCUACACUGUGGAGUCCGACAAGGCCGAGAAGGUUGUCAUCCGUGCAUUCAUUGGACCCAAAUUCGAUGAGUUCGGCAGCGUCAUUUCUCUUGCUGAAAACCGCAUGAACUUCAUGGAAAUGGAUGAGUUCUACUACGAACUGAAGGCUGGCAGCAAUGUGAUCACCCGCAAGUCUAACGACUUCUACUGGACCGUCAAGGAUCGCACCAGCUACAGCGAGCUCUACUACUACGUGAUGAUGGCCUUCGAUGGCAAAUACGAUUUCCCUCUGGACAUCAGUGAGCCUCACUGCGGUUUCCCCGAUCGCCUAAUCCUGCCCAUGGGCUGGAAGAAGGGCAUGCCCAUGCAGAUGUUCUUCAUGGUCGUUCCAUACAGCGCACCCACUACCCACGAACAGUUCUCCACCUUUGACUACACCUACUCCUGCGGCAUUGGCUCCGGCGCUCGCUUCGUCGAUAGUUUGCCAUUCGGUUAUCCCUUCGAUCGCGAGAUCGAUGAGUACGAAUUCUUCGUGCCGAACAUGUACUUCAAGGAUGUCUCCAUCUAUCACGUUGACACCAUGGAGCCCUACUACAAGUACAAGGGAUACUCCAGCUAUGGUCAAUUCGACUACACUUUCUUCCGUGACUACUACACCAAGUACUUCAAGUUCUAAGCGGAACGAGAAUCGAUCAAAUAGCAAUACAUUUCUGAUACCGAACUCUGUACGAAUAUUUUGAAAUUGUCGCAAAUGUUUAGAUUGUAAG